AUGGCAAAGGACAAGUCUGAGAAGAAGGACAAGCUCGAGAAGAAGGAGAAGAGAUCGGAGAAGGACGGCGUUCACAAGAGCAAGAAGGACAAGAAGGAAAAGAAGGACAAGACUGCUCUUGCUGAUGCAGUAUUGAAGGGAAUUGAGUCGGAGUCUCCCUCCACGGCUCCCGCCAACGGCGUUGUUUCCACGGACGAUGUUGAAGCUCGUCCCGUCGGUGCUCUCGUGCCUUUCGCGAAGCCGUUAUUAGAAGAGAAGGCGGCCAAGAAGGCCCUCAAGAGUGUGAAGAAGGCCGCCGUCAACAAAUGUCUCAAACGAGGUGUCAAGGAAGUUGUCAAGGCGCUUAGAAAGUCGCCUAUUCCCGCACCCAACGAAACUAUCUCUAUUCCUAACGGAGUCGUAAUCCUUGCCGCAGACAUCUCACCAAUGGACGUCAUCUCGCACAUCCCCGUUCUCUGCGAGGACCAUGGAAUCCCAUACGUCUUCGUCACAUCCCGAGCGGAACUCGGUAACGCUGCUGCGACGAAGCGCCCCACAAGUGUCACGAUGGUUGUGCCCAAGUCCGCGGCAAAGGGCAAGAAGAAGGAUGCCGAUGAGGACGAUGAGGAUUUCAGCAAGGUGUUCGAGGAACUGGCCAAGCUCGCCCAGAAGGAGCUCACGCAGGUGAACCUAUAA